UGCUAAGCAUUCAGUGUGCAGCGGAACUUGAGAGAUCGCUUUCAAUAAAACGCAAAAAGGGAAAAUGUUUAAACGCACUUCAUAUCUUGUAAUCGUCUUACUCUUGCUAAUACAGCUCAUUUCAUGCUUACCGAGACCAUCUUCCUCCGAUGCAGUGGAUUCCAUUUUACCUGGAACAACAACGAUAACUCCAUCAGUAGGCAAAAAUGCAGUACCAAGCGAUCUUAACAGCUUUGAGGGGGCGCUCCGAAGAGUCUUAAUAAAUAUUUCAAACUUUGAGCUACAACGAACCAAUCAAAUAGCAAAAGAUACGCUCGCUGAUCCUUCUAUGUAUAGUAUUGAUAGUGAAGCCAUGCAGAAGGAAUUAAGUCUACUUAGAAAGUAUGUGACAGACUCUAACGAAGCAUUAAAUAAGGUUCUGCCUGCCGACCAGCUUGGUACGAAUACGUUUUUCUUGUUUAUAAACGAUACAGGAAACAUCAUUGAUCGUUUCCACAGAUAUCGUCAUUUUGAGUACGUACCAAUUAUACCGGAAAAGCAGGUAAUAUGGGAUGCUUUAAAAAAACAUGGCUUUUUGAAAGGCGAUGAAGAGCUGGAUAAACGUUUAAACGAAUACUUCCCCGACUUGGUAGACGACUUCGAAAAAUAUGUGAAAACACUCUCAGCUGCCGAAAAGGAGAAGGAUAAAGAUAUGAAAGAGAUGAUGGCGGCAUGGAGUGCAUACAAAAAUAAUGAGCUUAGUAAGGCUAAUUUUGGGAAGAGAUUGUUUCAAAUAAAUUUUGUGAAUAAAAUAUUUGAGCGGCUUAGAAGACCGUAGAAAUAUUGUUUUUCGAAA